AUGCAUCGCCGUAUCCGCACCUUCCCCACAGUGCCAAACACCAGUUGGGACGAAUACCGUACUUGCAUGUACGCCUACGGAGUGCAGUAUUACAGUAUAACAGCAACGACGCAGGAAGCAAAGGCCUCCGGCCUCAUGUCAUUCCUGAACCUCCGACAGGUGCCGAGCGAGAAGGACGUCCCGUCUUCACCCUUGACCAGACCGACGAGCGUCCGCUUCGGUGCCAGAGACGACAUGGCCAUCCGCAACUUUGCCAAGAACAACCCCGGAGCCCUCGGCGAGCUCCAGCAGAACCAGCAGGAGCCCGCGCCACGAUCUCCUCAAAAGUCGCGAGAGGACCAAGCCGAUGCCCCGGCUCCCAAGUACACGUGGGGCAACGUUUCGUUGAAGCCCAUCGGCGACAGAUCGGCCAAGUCUCGCGAGUCGUCGCCCAAGAAGUGCAAAAAGGCAAAGUCGGGAACGAACCUGGUCGGUUUGCUCACCCGACCCAAGUCGCUCAAGAACCUGUACCGGCUCGCGACCGAUGACGAGAUCCGAUCGUCGAGGGACAAGGAAAACAGAGCGCCCCGUGACUCCACGGGCGCGGCGGAUCUGCCGCCACCCAUCUUUGCCCAGUUCACAUCCGACACGGCCUCUCGUCAACAGCAGCGGGAGUGCACCUCCGUCGACCUCGGCGGCCGCCGGGCCAUGAACGGACGGCCCACGUCCCUCUACGUUCCCAGGGUCCACACCGACCCGAAGGCGGCCGCGGCCUCACGGCAGGCGUCCAUCACGGAAAAGUCAUCGAGCCAGAUGCUCAGAGGAGGCGACGUCUUCGCCGCCUUCGGCAACCUCACACGUGGCCGCCCCAAGUCGACGGCAUGCAGCCCGACGACUGAAAAGUUCCCCGAGCUCGUCAUGGACCCCGAGGAGCUCGAGAAGCAGCUCGAGGAGCUGCUGGACAGGCGCAACAUCCCCGAGAACCAGCGCUACAAGAUGCGAAACCUGAACAGCACCAUCAAGCUCGAGUUCAUCCGCCAGGAUCAGGCCGAGAUGCAGGCGGCCAAGGUGGAACGAUCGGAAACCGUCGGCAGCGACAAGAGCAUGGACGGGCCGGCCGCGACGCCCACACAUUCCGAUUGCGACGAGGAGAAGCCGAAGCGAAGCCGCGGCAGAAGCUUCACUUUUGCCCGCGGCAAGAAGGAGUCGAGAUCGCCGUCCAAGAAGCCCAAGGGAGAAGGCACGCUUGGCCGUCACUUCAGAAGCAAGUCGACGGACAGCAUCGCCGCCGGCCGGCCGACCUCGUCGUACUCGUCCUCCCCCGGCACCAGCCUGCUCUCGAAGAUCAAGCUCCACCAGGGCCCCGGCGAUUACGUCGCCUAUCUUCGAAAGGUGCGGAAGCCGGAGCUUGUCGAGGUGGGCAAGCUGCACAAGCUGAGGCUCCUGCUUCGAAACGAGACCGUCGCUUGGAUCGAGGACUUCAUCCAGCAGGGCGGCAUGCAGGAAAUCGUCGAGCUGCUGCACCGAAUCAUGGAAGUCGAGUGGAGGGAGGAACACGAGGAUGCGCUCUUGCACGAGAACUUGCUGUGCCUCAAGGCGCUCUCGACGACGGCGCGGGCCAUGGAGUACCUGCACUCGGUCCAGGCGGACCUCUUCGGCAAGCUGGUGCACAUGCUCUUCGAUCCCGACAGGAAGGGUCCGAGCGAGUUCACGACACGAAACAUAAUCACGUCGGUCCUCCUCGCCUACGUAGAGUCGGCCGCCCCCGCCGAGCGGGUGAUAAGGGCGAGGAGCGUGCUGGGACACCUACGUGACAGGCAGCCCAAGGACGACGAGAGACCUGUCCCGUUCGUCUUGGAGAUGAGACAAGAGCGACCGUACCGGAUGUGGUGCAAGGAAGUCGUCAGCGUCACCAAGGAAGUUUUCUGGAUCUUCCUCCACAACCUCAACGUCGUCGCCCUGCCGUCCGACAAGGGCGCCAAGGGCUCCAAGGGCUUCGAAGGCGGCGCACCGCAGGACGGCGGACCUGAGGAGCCGUACGCGUACAUGCAGCGACACUUUCCGCCUGAGCGCCCACCGGUGCCCGCCGCUCCGUACGUCGGCGGUGUCGAAUGGGAUGCGACCAACUACCUCGCCUCCCAUCUCGACCUCAUGAAUGCCAUCCUCGCUUGCUCGCCCACGACGGAGCAGCGCAACGCCCUGCGGGCCGAGUUCCGCAUCUCCGGCUGGGAGCGUUGCCUCGGUGGCAGCCUACGGCUCUGCAAGGAGAAGUUUUACGGCUCCGUGCACGCCGCGCUGCGGACUUGGGUGGCGGCCGGCGCCGAGGACGGGUGGAAUGUCAAAGAUGUGCAGUUUGGACCUUCGCCUGAGGUGCGCGGUUCCCCCAAGAAGGCCGCCGCCAGUGGUCAGAGGAAGAAGAGCGACGAUGCUCCCAAGCUCGACAUACCCAAGCUUGACUUUGGUCUCCCCCAGCCGCAGGGAGCACAGGACGCAUGGCUCUGA